GUACGAUGUAUGCGUCGCUGAUACUGGAACAUCGAUCAUUCCCAAGCUACAAAGCUGAUAGCUGUGAGAAUGCAGGUCAGUUAUUCGCGGCGAGGCCGUCUUCUGUGGAUGUCGAUCAUAGCCGGAUGCUAUCAAGCACGGGCUUAGGAGGUCGGAGAGAGCGAUUGACAGGACCGGCCGGCGUGCCUGUUUCAAUUCUUGUCCUGCUUCCAGGAUGCUACUAGGAUGCUGUGUGCGCCGAAGACCGCUGGGACGGAGCAGCCGAGGAAAAACUAAUGCAGGCGUGACGUGCAGACGGUAGAGUAUAAAGGCGACAUGUACAGCGGGGUAAGGGCCAGCAUCAAAGCAGUCCACCUCGCAUUCGCCUACACAGCUACCAUCUCUCAGCACCUACUUGUACUCGACACAAAAGAUGUUCGCCAGCACUCCCUUUGCCGCCCUCGCUACCCUCGCCCUCGCCCUCGUCGCUCAGGCGAACCCCUCCGCGUUCAACGCGCACCGCCGCUCGCUGACGGGCCAGACUGUCGCGUUCUCGUGUUAUGGCGGCGGAGGCGACUGCGAGUGCCCGACAGACCUGACGGGCGAUAGCGCAGGUGUGCUGAUCAACGUCUACCCCGGAUACCAAUGUGCAUAUCCCGGCGGUGCGUGCACCUGGGACGACAAGACCGGCGUUUUGCAGAACACUGCUCAGACGAAUUGCCCGAGCUCGGCAUCCUGCAGCCUCACCAGCGGCUGUAGCUGCCCCACGGACCUUAACGGCGACUCUGGUGUCAUGAUCAAUCAGUUCACGGGUUACCAGUGCGCGUACGCCAAUGGUGCAUGCACCUGGGAUUACCUCGGGAACUUGCAGAACACAGCGCAGACCAACUGCCCCACUAAGGCCGUGUGCGCCCAGCUCGCGGGUGACUCCUAGAUGACUUGAUGGCGGGGUAGGGGGCCGACGGUUUCAUGUUUCAUGGACCUUGUAGUUUGCUUGAUACGCUUGGCUUUUGUAUGGUAUUUCUGUAAAGCUUUCAUAAUCAGUGUCAUAUACAUGCGCGUCUUACUCGCGAUUGUGUCUU